AUGUCUAUUACUGUGAAUCUGAAGAGGAUUUCCAACCUGCCUGGGAAAUACGACAGGAAAGUGGAAUUGUCUUUUAGGGAUUUUACACACAAAACCAAGAUUCUUCAAUGCGAAAACAUUGCUAUUUUUAACGAGCACUUUAGGUGGCCACACUAUGGCAAAAUCAUCAAGGAUGAAGUACUCUCCAUCAGUGUGUACAACUGCAGCAAGAUGUUCAGUAACAGGCUGCUGGGGAAGCUGGUGAUCAGUUUGCAGCAUGUGGUGACAGCAGGGAGGCUGGUCCUGCGAGAACCUCUCACAGACAGCAACUACAGCCUGACUGAUAUAUAUGUAGAGUUGGAUGUGAGGUACAUUCCUGUACAAGGUGCAGCUGGAGAAUGGACCAGUGAAGACUUUCUUAAGAUUGAGGACAGUGAUGAAUCAGGUCUUGUCAUUAGGAACACAGGCUUUCUGGAACCUGGAAAUCUCCGUGCUCAGCAGAUGGAUCGAGACGCCAGGAUGCUCGGUCGCAGCCUUCUAAAGACGGAUAACGAAGACGGAGAUGAAGACGACGAUGAUGACUAUGAUGAUGAUUAUGAUUUCACAGACAUAGAAUGUGCUAACAUCACAUUUACCCCCAUAUUCAGUCGAUGCACCGCUUUAUCAAAACAUGAGCUUGCUGUUGCUCCUAAACUUAAAUCAUUCCAGGUGAAUGUUAAUGUCAUAGAAGCUCAGAAACUGGUGGGUGUAAACAUCAACCCUGCUGUGUAUAUCAAAGUAGGAGAUGAGAAAAAACACACAGCCACUCAGAAAUCCACCAACUGUCCAUUUUACAAUGAGAAUUUUAUGUUUGAGUUUCAGGAGACCCAGGAUGUGCUUUUUGAUAAGGUUAUUGAGAUAUCUGUUGUUCACAAAAAAGUACUAGCAUUUCUAAUGACCCAUAUCGGCUCCUUCAAGAUAGACAUCAGCACAGUCUACCAGCAGUCAGAGCAUCGUUUCUAUCAGAAAUGGGCACCACUUACAGACUCGAAGGACACACGUUCAGGGGUAAAGGGCUAUGUGAAGUGCACUCUGAGUGUGAUAAUGAAGGGUGACCCUAUGGGCAUGGCCAGUCUGCCCCCCGCCACCAGCCAGAACGAUGACAUUGAGAAAAACUUGCUGCUUCCUAAGAGGAUGCCAGUGGAACGGCCAUGGGCCAAGUUCCUGCUGAAAGUUUACAGGGCGGAGGGCCUGCCCACCAUGAAUGCAGGAUUUCUGGGCAGCUUCUCCAAAAUAAUGGGUGACAAGAAGGUCUUCAUUGAUCCCUAUGUGCAGGUCACAUUUGCUGGACAGCAGGGAGAGACGUCAGUGGUGAGCAACACUAACGCACCGGAGUGGAAUGAGCAGAUCUCAUUUAUUGAGCAAUUUCCUCCCCUCGCUCGAAGAAUCAAAGUUAAGAUCCUUGACGAUGCCAACAUCGGCGAUGUGGCUGUAGCCACACACUUUCUCGACCUCCAGCAGAUUUCUAACCCCAACAGAAAUGGAUUCAAUCCCACAUUUGGACCAUCGUGGGUCAACCUGUACGGAUCGCCUCAGAACUCCACACUGCGUGACAUUCACCGGGACCUGAAUGAAGGCCUAAGCGAGGGCAUCUUUUACAGAGGCAGGGUGCUGUUGUCUCUGUCUGUGGAGGUCUACAUGUCCCCCACCGCUGCUGUGGUGGAGAGCAAGGCUACUGCCAACGUCAAAAACGCCAUAAGCAAACUCAAGCUAAAGCGCAAAAGCAAGAAAUCUAAGGAAAAGAAUAAUAAUGAAGGUAAAGGAAAUUAAAAGCAAAAGGGUCGUGCUGAGGAGUCUGAAGACACUGCAUCUGAGGUUCCUGAAGCUGUCACUGUUGAAGUAGAGGAGAUUCAUCCACUACCUGAGAACUUUGCAGGGGAUAAAGAGGAAUUCUUGCUGUUUGCAUCAUUUUUUGAGGUUACCAUGAUCGAUCCAUCCAUUGGGUCCAAGUCUGUUACCUUUGAGCUGUCUAUUGGGAACUAUGGGAAAACAACUGAUGUGAUAGUGAAGAGCGAGAAGAAUGGUCAGGGAGACGGAAUGGAGGACAAGCAGCCGUUGUUAGAAUCAGAUGAUGAGCUUGAGAGGGAGGAGUUGUCUGUGCCGGGUUCUAGGGACAAAUCCCUUACAGCACCCAGAAGAGCCCAGCCUACAGAAUACAAUGGGUCCUUCUGCUGUAUUCCUCUGCUCCGGGAGAAACCCUGCCUCUAUGUGUGGAACUAUUUUGAGGAUCACACCUUCCGUUACCAGAGCUGCAACUGGCUGUCAAAGAUGGCGGAUAGACUGGAAUUUGGCAUUGAUGAAGUAGAGAUGCUUUUGAAAAGACCAAGAAGUAAUGCUAAGCAGCGCUUGGUGGAACUUAUGUUUGAAUUUGUUUCCACAUGCAAACAGUUUAGCGGAAACAUGGACAGGAAACGUCCGUCUCGGCCAAACAACCUGGACAAAUGUCGCACAGUCUUCAUGAAGAGAAACAUAAUCAUUCUGGCCAAACAGGCUCUAAGGGUGCAGAGGAGAGUGACAAGGCGUACAGUCCGAGAGAAACUGGGUGAUGUCAAGAACAUCCUAAAGAGAGUACGCUUUCUGGCUAAAGAGCCCCAGAGCACUUUGCCAGAUGUGUUCCUGUGGAUGAUGAGUGGAGAAAAAAGAAUAGCAUAUGCUCGAAUCCCAGUUCACUCGAUCCUCUUCUCCUUGGUGGAGGAAGAAAGGGGCAAAAACUGUGGCAAAAUCUCUACCCUUUACAUGAAGACUCCUGGAGGACCACUGGGUGAGAUCUUUGCAAAACUGGAAAUCUACUUGUGGCUUGGCGUCACUAAGUAUUCAAAGAACUCUGUAACAAGCCUUCCUGCCGAGUUCAGGCCCGUAUAUGAGACAGCAACCUUUGGGACCCCAAUACCCCCCAACAUGCCUCCUACUAAACUAGAAGUGGAUGACAGUCGUUAUUUCCAGCUGCGUGCCCACAUUUACCAAGCACGUGGCAUCAUCGCUGCAAAUGAUAAUGGCCUAUCAGACCCUUUCGCUAAGGUUGUAUUCUCCACUCAGUGUCAGGUUACACAGAUCUUUGAAGAGACUCUGUCCCCCACCUGGUCUGAGUUACUGCUCUAUGAACAAAUUCUCAUGGAGGGCAGUAAGGACGACUUCAGGGGCGACCCACCUGUGGUUAUUAUCAACUUCUACAACCAAAAUAAACUAGGGAGUCCACAGUCUUUAGGUCGAGCGUUUGCAGAACCAGAGCUGAAAUUUGUAGAGGAGCCGUAUAAGAAACCCAUGCUGAAGUUCUUCGACAUCACUAAAGGGAAGAGUAAAGCGGGAGAGCUUUUGGCAGCCUUUGAGCUAGUAGAGCUGGAUUACUCUGGAUUUGGAGAGCCAUCGGUGCCACUGGAUGUAGAUCCAAAAGAGCCGGAGUACCUGGAGGUAGAGAGACGAUACAUCAUCCCUGAUGGUGUCCGGCCUGUUCUGAGGAAGUUCAGGAUAGAGGUGUUGUAUUGGGGGCUGAGAGACUUGAAGCGUGUGAACCUGUUCGAGGUGGAGAAACCUCAGGUUCGAAUGGAGUGUGCGGGACAGUUGAUUGAAUCCGAGGAGAUUGCAAACUACAAGCAGAACCCCAAUUUUAGUGAGCUUGUCAAGCACUUUGAUGUGGAGCUUCCAGAGCUGGUGUAUCUACAUCCUCCUCUCACCAUCUUUGUAAUGGAGCAGCGGGCCUUUGGGCGGCUAGUUCUGGUGGGCACUCAUGUUGUGCAAAGUCUCAUGCAUUUUGCCCCCAAAGACUUGGAGGAGUGGAGGGAGGAGGAGGAACAAGAACCUGAGGAGAAAAAACCACCAAAACAGUCCACAGCCCUCCAGACAGUUGUGAGCAUGGACCUGAGAGGAUUUCAACUAAAGGACACGAAAAUUCCUAUAAAUCCUCUUAAUCUAGUCACGGCUCCAUUUAAAGCAGUGAUAAAAAAGGAGGAAGAACUCGAGGAGGAAGAGCCAGAAAAGGAAGAGCUUGAUUGGUGGUCUAAAUAUUAUGCUUCUCUGGCAGAACUUGAAAAGCAGGAGGAGAAAGAUGAAGAGAUGGAUGAUGCACAAGAUGGAGAGGGAGGGACUUUCAACAUGUCUAAUCUAGAAGCAGAGGAUGAAGAUGCAGUGGUCGUUGAAAUAGAGCCUCCAAAGCCAAAGAGGAAACAUAUUGCUACAAUAAAGCUUUACAAGUCGGAGCUAGAAAACGAAUUCAGUCAGUUCAUGGACUGGUUACACAUUUUCCCCAUUUACAAAGGCAAGUCCAACUUUGAUGAUGAGGAAGAGGAUGACAGUGACAGAGCCAUGGGCAAAUACAAGGGCUCAUUUCUGAUUUACCCGAUAGCACCUGAAGAGGAGGAUGCAGACUUCCAGAUCACUAACGGAAUUCCCAAAAAUGCCCCAGUCAAAGUUCUUGCCAGAGUGUAUGUGAUUAAGGCUACAAACUUGGCUCCAGCUGACCCGAAUGGUAAGGCCGACCCCUACGUGGUGAUAAAGGUGGGACAGCAGCAUCUGGACUCCAAGGAGAGAUAUAUUCCCAAACAACUAAACCCUGUCUUUGGAGAAGUAUUUGAGCUGACCUUGUCAUUUCCUCUGGAAACUGAGCUUAUACUGAGUGUGUUUGACCAUGAUCUGGUGGGAUCAGACGACGUGAUUGGAGAAACCAGGAUUGACCUGGAGAAUCGUUUUUACAGCAGACACCGUGCUGGCUGUGGACUAGCACUGCACUAUGAUAAGGAUGGCUAUAAUAUGUGGAGAGAUGCCAAGAAGCCUUGUGCCAUCCUGGCUGAGCUCUGCCGGAAGAACGGAAUCCCUUCCCCUGAGUACAGAGAGUGGGAGGUCAAGGUUCUCACCAAAAUCUUCAAAAUUGCAACUGAGGCUUUUCCUGAAGAGCUACUGAAGAAGAACAUGAAGACCGAGGAUGACUUUGCAGAGAUGGAUGAGCACAAGGCUCUGAGUGUACUGCAGCGCUGGGAGGAAAUGAGGGAGUUUUGUGUUGGAGCGUGUCCCCUGGUGCCUGAGCAUGUGGAGGUCCGGUCACUGCUCAACUCAGAUAAACCAGGCCUGCCCCAGGGCUAUGUUCACACGUGGAUUGACAUGUUUCCUGUGGACGUACCUGCUCCUCCCCCUGUUAAUAUCAAACCCAGACUCCCCAUCAGCUAUGAGCUACGGGUGAUCAUAUGGAACACAGAUGAUGUUGUACUAGAUGAUGUCAACCCCUUUACAGGAGCGCUGUCCAGUGACAUUUAUGUCAAAGGCUGGGUUAAAGGACUGGAGAAUGAGAAGCAGGAGACAGAUGUGCAUUUUAAUUCACUGACAGGAGAAGGCAAUUUCAACUGGCGCUUUGUCUUCCAUUUUGACUACCUGCCCACAGAGAAAGAAAUCAUAUAUAAAAAGAAGGACUCCAUCUUUUCUAUAGAUGAGUCAGAGUUUAGGCAGCCUGCAGUGCUGGUACUCCAAGUCUGGGACUAUGAUCGGAUUGGGUCCAAUGAUUUCUUGGGUUCCAUUGAACUUCGACUAAGCGACAUGGUUCGUGCAGCUAAAUCCUCUGAGCAGUGCAGCGUGCAGAUGGCCAAAGACAAGGCCACGCCUCGGUUCUCCAUCUUCCGCAGCAAGAGGAUGAAAGGCUGGUGGCCACUCAUUAAACAAAAGAGUCAGGAGGACAUCGAGAGGGAGGCCAGAGAGGCUGAACAAGAAAAGAAAAACAAGAAGAAGAAGAAAAAGAAGAAAAGCAAGCGCAGUCAAAUGAAGCCAGAGGACCUGGAGUUUGUGGACAGCAGUGGAAAUAUCUUUCUCUUAAUGGGCAAAGUGGAAGCUGAGUUCCAAUUGGUUACUGCUGAAGAGGCGGAGAAGAACCCUGUGGGCAAAGCACGCAAGGAACCAGAGCCAUUAGAAAAGCCAAAUCGUCCCAAGACGUCCUUCAACUGGUUUGUGAACCCAUUGAAGACGUUUGUAUACUUCAUCUGGAAGAAAUACAAAAAAUAUAUAAUUGCUUUGGUUAUUCUAGCAAUCCUGACGCUGUUUCUUGCCCUUAUCUUGUACACCUUACCAACACACAUCAGUCAGCUUAUUGUUAAUGGCUAAUUAGGAAACAUGCAUCUAGCCUUGUUUCUUAUAAAGAAGAACAAACUGCCUAAAUAGUAAUUACAUGCUGCUCAAAUGACUUAAUUAUUUUUUGUUAUAGACUGAAGCACUGUAUUUAGAUUCUGAGUCUCAUUGGGUUGUUGAUUUUUAUGC